AGUUGUGCACCUGUUCAUACACAUUGGAAAGUACAGAUCUCGAUGACUGAUUCUAAACAGAAGCUCGAUGAGCUUCAAUGGAAGAGUCCCGAAUGGAUUCAAUCGUUUGGAUUAAGAACAGAUAACGUUCUCGAGUACUUCUCAGAGUCGCCAUUCUUUGACAGGACUUCCAACAACCAAACUGUUAAGAUGCAGAGCCAAUUCCAAGAAGGCUAUCAAGCCAAUAGUGCGCAUCUAGAGGAAGAGUUGAAGAAGCUGGUCGGUGUUGAGUUUGUCAUAUUGCAUCGUAGAGAACCGGAUUUCUGGAUCAUAAGGAAACAGAAUAGGAAGAGCCCCGAACUUGUGGAGCCCAUGGCUGAUUACUUCAUCAUUGGUGCAGAUGUAUACAUGGCACCGACUGUUAAAGACGUCAUCUCGUCUAGGUUAUUGAGCACUGCAUUGUCGUUGAAAGAGUCCAUGAACAAACUACAGACGCUGGCGCAGUUCACCCCUUCAGACGGACACACAUAUAAAGUUCAACAACCCACCGCAGGAGCACCGGACUCAGCGUCAUCGUCGAGAUCCAGGACCUUGGGAAACACACCAUACACCCCUACAACACCUGGGUUCCAAGCAGUGGGUACAUCAGAUAAGAAUGACCAACUUUCCCGCGGCACCAUCGACAACCUCUUCAACAUCUCGCUGAACGGUACGCCUGCAUACGUUGAGGAUGAAACCAGUGAGAACAACAUCGAAUCCCUCACAAAACCAAUACGGCCGCAGGUGUCCAUACAUCAGACGUCAGACGAAGCCACCAUCAAUUCGUUAAAGAAGGGUAAAAGGAGCAUCCAAUAAUGGGUAAAAGACCUGUGGAAAUGUGCUUUUAUGUGUAUAUCAAUGUUUAUCUUUUCUUCCUUCUGUAGUGUAAACAAAGCACAAAACCCACAAAC